AUGUACAACAUGACUGCUGAACCUUCAGAAGAGAAUAUUACCAACUUAAGUCAACCAGUUUUGGUCCCGGAUUGUAUGCCAGUGGAUAUAACAAAUGCUUUCUUUUAUGCCUGUCGAAUUGCAUUAGAACCUGGUGAAUUAUUACACGGUAGUUGGUUUAACUUGCAGUAUUCCAUGUCAGCUAUUGAGAUUAUGGACCCUAAAAUGGAUGCUGGAAUCCAAGGAAAUCGAAAAGUUGUAACUAUAAGUGAGGCACUGUCUAAUGAGCAGUUACCUUUGGGGCCUUUCUCGUCACUUUAUGAGCUUUUAGGCAUCAUAGAUGAACUUUUAGCUGCUUAUGUCAAUUGGAUUACGGGAGAUUCUCUUGCUCAAAGUAUAUUUAUUUGUAUGUAUAUGCACUGUACACAGUUAAUCAGGGAUAAAUAUCUUGCUGCAUUUUGUGAGUUAUUACGACGCUCAAUCUAUCAGUUGCGUGAUAUAAUAAUUGCUGUUGGUGUUUUUGACGAAGAGGAUUAUUGUGUGUUCACUCAUGGUAUGCCAAUUCAUGGACCCUCAAAAAUUUUUGACAAUUACAGUGGCUUUCGUAAUGACUGUUUGCAUAAGUUAUCAGUAUCAGAAUUAAUAGAUCAUAUAAAUGAUCUGAAUGAAAAUCUUGAAAGUGAAUCUUCAUUAUUUACCGAUGGUGAAGAAAAAUUACUGAUGGGGUUACGCAAUCGCUUACAAUUCGUUCAAGCGUUAUUAAAGUUCACAAAUUCAAUCUUUGAACGUAUAGGUCCAACUCUAGUUGAUUAUAAACACGACCUGUUUGAAGGAUAUACACAUGCAGAUCUUGAUCUCACGGAACAAAAUUCGUCGCCUCCCAAACUGUAUGAGGCCCAAAAUGACAUAGAAGUUCUGUGGAACUCUUUCAUAGAUUUUUGUAGAGAAGUGUCACGGCAUAUAAGUAAUCUGAAAUCACUAAGUGACAUAUUAUUAGAAACUUCGAAUAUUGGCAAAAUGGCUGGUGAAGGAAAGUUUAAACCAAAGGACUCUGCAUAUGGUCUUCCAGGUUUUGAAAUUUUCUUGAAUCAAACCAACACACCUUCAUAUAUGCCCAAAGUGGUAAAUAUUCACGAUCGUCACAAAUCGUUCACUUAUUUCUCAAGUCUGUUUACAAGACUGAAUCAUAUUUUAUGUACAUACGAACAUUUUGCCUUGUGGCAUGAUUUGCAUCCGGAACCAUUACAUCUUUAUCAUUUAUGGACAUUUAUUCAGAAAUCUGGUCAGUUAUCCUGUCCUUAUAUCAAAGCUCUUUUGUUUCCUGAUGACUCGAGCAAGGUAAAUGAACCCGCAUUAACUACUUGUGUUUUGUCAAGAACAAUUACGUACAUGUUUUAUUGUACCCUUAUGUGGCAAGGGGAUGCUAUUGAUUUUAAACUUCAGUCUUUCUCUCCGAUGCAUUUCCAUUGCUUCCUAAAUUCAUGGCACUGUCUAGAACCUACUACAUAUCGCCCAAUAAUAAAAAACAUCAUUUCUAGUGCUCCUGAUUUGAUGAUUUUUUUCAGUACACUUUCAGCUCAUUUUGCCCAUAUCCCUGCAGUCUACUGUCUUAACCGUUCACGCCAACGUUCCGCUCUUGGACCAUGGUUGCAAAGUGUUCCAGAUUUUCUUGAUGAGUGUACACGCGUCGAGUUUAUCAUUGGUGUUGAACUUAAAAACAAAUUGACAAAUAACAUAACGGACGGUUUCGAAUCUGUAGGGAAACCUGAGGAUUUAUCAACACAAAAGCCUGUUGAACCUGUUCAAAUCAAAUUAUCUUAUUUUAUAACUUAUGUAUAUUAUUAUCUAGCAUGGGAUUAUAUUGUUUCUGGUUUUCAACUAGAGCUGUAUUCUUCAAGUGAAUGGCUGUUUAUUUACGCCUUUAUGAUACACUUAUUCCAAAAUUUAUCUACUUUGAUCGGAAGUUUAUUAGAAAAUUGCAUCAUUUCAGCAUUUAAAGAACAAACUACGUCAGAAAAUAAGUUCACUGACAGUCGAGGUCUGAAUAAACAAGAUAAUAUAUGUGAUCCUGUGAAUGAUGUCGAGAGGCUUAACAGUCGUCAAAGUAAAAAGAAGAAGAAACAUAGAGAAAAAGGCAAUAUAUUUGGUGUACAUGGUAAAAGUAUAAAAAUGUCGAAUACCGCGAAUUUUAAAAGCAUUGUUAAACCAGUCGUCUCAUCUAUGAUACAUGAAAUAGGUUCGAGUUUUGAGGUUUAUUUGAUCAGUGUACACCAACAUUUGAAUACUGCAACCCUUUAUGCUAUACGUGCGCUUCAGAGAGAUAGUGGGAUCGAAAUAAAUCUGAAUCCUCAAAGUCCGGAUCCUACUUCUAAUGGAGAACGACGUACAUUUAUUAGUCGGAACAAUCAUCUGGAAUCUUAUGCCAGACGGCUUGGAAUAUUUAUCAUCCCUCGUAAUUCACCUCUAGUUGAAGUAGGAGGUAUUUCAGGGGCUUACGAAACAUGGACGUCUUUACUAAGCAGUAGUAUUAUUGACGGUCGUUCAACAAGUGAUCUUUAUCUAAUGGCAUCCAGAGCAUUUGAUGAAGCUCAGAAUUUAAUUACGAAAACACUACAUUUGAAGUCAUUGGGUGAAGAAAAUUUACUAACGUUCACGCAGUCUCAUAUUGCUCUAUCUCUGUUCAUUGAAAAGUUGGGACCUCCAGAUCAACUCACUGAUCUUCAACAGUUGGCAAGACGUAAUUCUAUUGCUUGUCGUGUCCUUGGUGUAUGUGAAGAUCGACGACCUGUUGUACAUAAAUCUAAUCCAUCCACACCAAAUCCUAAAAUGUCGUUUCUAUGUUCAAACAGCCCAGUUAAACUGGACUACAAUUUUUUAGAAAGCAAAUGUUAUCCGCUUAUUCGUCUAGGUGGUCAAUCCAAAAAGUGUUCAUAA